UGGGUUUCCCCAGCCACUCUGGGCGGCUUCCAACCGAAUAUUAAAAACGCAAUACAGCAUUAAACAUUAACAUAGCAGGCAGAUGAAGAAUCGGAAGUCCUUUACUUUCUGAAUCUUACUUUCUAUCAUUCUCUUUUAACCUCUUUUCUACCCUCUCUUUUUCCCCUCUAUUUCUUUCUCUCCCCCCCCCUUUGUUUUUUAUUGUAUCUAGAUUAAAGUCUUGGUUUGGUUUUUUAAAAGGGGAAAUAUAUUACGUUAUCUUUUUCUCUAUAAACCAUAAUUAAUUGAUUUAUUUUUUUUAAAGACUCUCCUUUCUUGUCCUUUGACUAGAACAAGCUGACUCCUCUGAGAAGGUUUAGUGACUCCGGCCAUUUUUAUUACUCAUACGACCUACAGAAUCUACAGUGCUGUUUUGACCCUUUAUGCAGGGGUGGAGAUGCUUUUGGGGCUUGAGGGCCACAUUUCCUUCUUAGCAACCUUCUGGGGGCCACAUGCCAAUGGCCAGGGGGGCUAGAGGCAAAAGCAGGUGGAACAACUGAUGUGAAUAUUUAUCUCUUUCUGGUAGCUUAGUUGACAGUGCGGGGAGAACCAAGUCCUGGUGGCUAAUAGCCAUUGAGAGCUUUAUCCAUCAUGAAUUGCUCUAAUACUUUGCUCUGUAUAAUCUUAUGCCAGUUAGUCUUUAUGUUAGGACACCUCCAGUAUUCCCAAGCAUAUUUGAGAACUUUAAGAUAGUGCAAUUAAAGCUCCCUCUGGUGCAACAUAUCAACUUAUUUUUUUAAAUAAGGAAAGUAAAGAAAGUGAUGGAGGAAGGCACCAAAAAUCUUGAGUUAACCAUCAAUUGACAAAACGGUGUCUGUCCUCCCUGUGAAAAAAUCAGGGCCAGUGCUCUGUAAAGCAUGGACAUUGUAUAAACUCCGCACAAGCGUUCCACCAGCAAAUCUGGAUGAAUGCUCAAUAAACAGGUCAGCAGGAAGAGCUCAGGGUCUCCACAGUGCCACAAGACCCUGUUAUUUUUCCUCUGCAAUAGGUUGCUGGAGUAAAUUCGUCAGCACCGCCGAGAGGAUCUUAAUUAAAACAAAAAUCUCUUGUGUUUACUUCUUUCUCUUGCAGCGCUCCAGUUUUCUUUUGCCUCCUCUGCAAAAGGGGCUCCUCCUCACAACGAUAACCCAUGAGGGUCCAUGGCGUCCGACAAGCCACCCAAUUUCUCCUGGGUAGCGCCAGGCCAGCUGGCGGGGCUGGCCAUGCCCCGCCUGCCCGCACACUACCGGUACAUGCACGAACAUGGCAUCCGACAUCUGGUGUCACUCACGGAGCGCAGCCCGCCGUACCACGACACCUGCCCCGGCAUCCAGCUCCACCGCCUGCGUAUCACCGACUUCUGCCCGCCUUCGCCUGAGCAAAUCCAGCGCUUCCUGCAGAUUGUGGACGAUGCCAACGCCAAGGGGGAGGCUGUGGCAGUGCAUUGCAUGCUGGGAUUUGGCAGAACCGGAACCAUGUUGGCCUGUUACCUCGCCAAGACCCAGAAGAUCACUGGUGUUGACGCCAUCCACGAGAUCCGCAAGCUGCGGCCAGGCUCCAUCGAGACCCAUGACCAGGAGAAGGCCGUUGUCCAGUUCCACCACCGUAUCAAAUAACCAGAGGAAGAGAUGAGGAUGGGCACUAGGAACUCCUCAGCUGCUGAGUUGACUCCACGGGGGAUUUUAACUUUACCGUAACCCCUGUUGCUGGCGGAGGAUUAUCUGGCUGCCAAAUGGGGAGGCUGGUUGAUUUGUUGGUUGGUUGGUUUUCUUGUUUGAAGCAGGUGUAGGCAGUCUGUGGCCCUCCAGAGUUGCUGAACUACAACUCCCAUCACCCCUGGCUGUUGGCUCUGCUUGCCAAGGCUUAUGGGAGUUGUAGUUCAGUGACAUCUGGAGGGCCAAUGUUUCCCUGCACAUGCUUUAAAGGGAUGCUUUGGAUUCUUUCCUGGGGGCUUCUGGUUGGGGUACAAACUGAUUUUUUUGUGGGAGUUUCAGAUACUCAGGGAACAGAACCCCAUUGCAAGGGUUGGCAGCAAGCAAUGAGUUUUCCCUUUCACCCUGGAAGAAACAGCCAGCAUGGGCAGUCAGGAGACAUUUUACAAACUGUCUGUGCCUUUAAGGAGUGUCAUGGGGUGCCCUUUUCUGUCGCAAGCCAGCAGAUUCUCCUGUCUUGACACUUCACCGCCCAGAAAUAAAGGCGAUCAAAGGUGACAACUGUA